GCCCGCCCAUGCCUCCCGCCCCUCAGCGCAGGCGCGGCCGCCCCUCCCGCAGCCUGAGGCGGGGCCGUCAUGGCGGGCGCGCUGGGCGGAAUGUUCGCCAAUCAGCCACCGGGGCCGCCGCCACCACCGGGGCCUCCCGGUGGUCCCGGUCCGGCCGGCCUCAUCCCGCCUCCCACAGGGCCCCGCAACCCCAAUAACACUCUGGUGGACGAGCUGGAAGCGUCCUUCGAGGCCUGCUUCGCCUCGCUGGUGAGCCAGGACUACGUGAACGGCACGGACCAGGAGGAGAUCCGCACCGGUGUUGAUCAGUGCAUCCAGAAGUUUCUGGAUGUUGCAAGACAAACUGAAUGCUUUUUUCUACAAAAAAGACUGCAGCUUUCCGUCCAGAAACCAGAGCAAGUAAUUAAAGAGGAUGUUUCAGAAUUAAGAAAUGAACUGCAGAGAAAAGAAGCAUUAAUUCAGAAGCAUUUGAGUAAACUGCGACACUGGCAACAGGUCCUGGAAGAUAUCAGUGUACAGCACAAAAAGCCUGCAGAAAUGCCUCAAGGUCCAUUAGCUUACCUAGAACAAGCAUCUGCUAAUAUUCCUGCUCCAAUGAAGCAAACAUGAUCUUUGAUUUUUACAUAUCUGAAUAUUUUCAACAAUGCAAAACAGUUGUGUUCUUUUUACUCUGUAUGCUUUUUUGUAUAAUGUAAUUUGUACUACAAAUAUAAAAAUUUAGCAAAACAAAUUACUUUUUUUUUUUUUUUUUUUUUUU